AGAUAGAGAUAGAACGGAGUGAUAACUGGACACUAGUAUCCGUAAAAGACUUCUGUUAUGUGCCUCUUUAUAAUGACCGUAAUAAUCAGACGCCUGUAAUAAUCAUAAAAGCCGGAUUACAUAACGAAUUAAAGAAGACAUCUUCUAUAAUUGUAUUGUUCGGUACAGCCGGAAAUGACAAUGACCAGCGCAAAUGUCACAGUGGCUCCUAAACCACCGAUGUCCGGCUAUGACCUCCAGGUGUACGGACUGGACAACGGUCAGUUUCUCUAUAUUCAUAUUCCAGCUCUGACAUGUAUAGGCCUUAGUUUUAUCUGUGCAGUUUUGAUUAUGGUGGACUCAUAUCGCCUUCAGAGUUUCAGGUCCUUUUUCUCCUGGACAAAGAGCGAGCGGUUUGUUGUGUACCUUGCGGUGUGUGAUGGACUCUUCAACAUAGCACACUCCAUGGACCACCUUCACAUCCUUAUAACCAGAGAUCAUGUACACCCAGUUGAACUCUGCGAGUUUUAUGGCUUCAUGUUGGCGGAGUUCAUCACAGCACAAAACCUAAUGGUAAAUGUGGUAGCCAUCAAUGCCUUCGUGUUGAUCUACUACAGAAAAAACAUAGGAUUUGGGCGAUACGACUGGAAACUUCUACUCUGGACGUUCGGAGCACCUUUUCUCGGGGCCACGAUUGCGGGAAUAGCCGGUCAACUGGGAACGAAUGGGGCAUUUUGCUACUUCGACGGUGUGAAAGGAGAGAUUGCAAAUGUUUUUUUCACAACGGUCCCGCUUUUAUUGGUUUUGGUGAUAAACAUCAUCCUGUACGCGCUUACAUGGUACAGGAUACAUACAGAGGGCAAACGUUUGAGGAACGUGAUCGGAAAAGAAGCGACAACAGUCAGAGCCUCUCACAAAGUCGCUCGGACAAUGUCUUUGUUUGUUACUGCAUUCUUCGCACAGUGGUGGGCAAUGGCUUUGUACGGUGUAUGGCAGCUAUCGGCAGACGUCCCUCAGGCCCUAUUUCAAUUCGUCACAACUUUUUCAAACGUUGGAGGGAUCCUGAACGGAAUCGUUUACGUUAUCAUCAGACGACGUAAGAUGAGUGGAUAUUACGAUAAAGAAAAAACCAAGGAAAGCUCUAAAUCUAAACUGGACUCUGGGAAUGGCCCAAGUAUCGACAAAACAUUGGAUACCGUUGACUUAGACUCCAAGGUUUAGGCACGUACAUUACAGUGCCUUCUGUAGAUAUAUUUGUUAACAUUAUAGGGGAGGCUGUUGACGGGAAAUUAAGCUUGAAAAAAGAAUAGAUAAGGCAAAGACGGAAACGGACAUGUUUGACAUUUGAGGGCAGGAAACUGCCGCCGCGCUCACAGUCUCUUCCUGAGACACCAAAGGAGGAAAUAUCAUCAUUGUCAAAACUCAAUCAUGAAAGAUAAUCGAGAUAAUCAUACGACUAUAUGUGAAAAAAGUAUUCCUUGUAAUCUGUAAUCGCUGCAUGAUACUGUGUUAUAAUCACAUUACAAAACCUUCCAUUGCUAUGAAAUUAAGACAUGUGAGGUACGCCAUACUAUGAUUAAGAAUGCUUAUAUAAGUGUUGCUUUCAUUGUAUUGCAUCCUUUAAAAAUCUUUUAAAUCUAGUAACUAGUCAGGAUUGCUGACCAUACAUAUUUGUCACCAUUGCUUAACAGUGUAUAUACAUGGAGAUUCACCGCUUCGCUUGUCAAUGCAAAUAGGAAGGGUACAAUAUACAAGUAUAAAAUAGCGAGGAGAACACACGCGAAUAAGAGGAAAAAUUGAGAUUCACCAGCUCGGAGAACUCUGUAUUUGCAAAAGAAAUUAGAAUCAUCUUGAGGAAAAGCUGAGGAGUUACCCCUGAUCUGUGGACUCAGGCAAUUGAAACCUGAUAAAAGCAAUAUAAAGACAUGAAAUCUUAUCCGUAAGGAGUUUUAUAAAAACGUUGUAAGAAUCGCCUCUUAUGAAUCCUGUGGGACUAAAGAACACUUGUACUGAUGACCGGUCUGUUGUAAUACUGUAUUUCGUAAUACCACGCUCUUGAUGUAAUGCAUCUUCAUACAAUGAUAUUUUAUUGUGCAUACUUUUUGUUAAACCGUACAAUUUUCCAUAUUUCGAAUUAAAAUCAAAUUUGAUAAGUUUAAUAAUUUUUGCUGGAUCAGUUAUGUUUCCUUUUUGUUAUUAACUAUGUCUGAAAGCUGUAACAAGUCAACGAACUCAACCGGAUGUAGCCGCGCCACGACAGUGGUCACUUGAAAGCACUCGAUAACCUUUAUACUGUAGUUCACAUCGUGCACGAGACACAUAUCCAUCAGAAUGGUGAUUCAUAUGCAAACGCCGAUAACAGAUUUAUAGUCAACAUGUACUAUUAAGCUGUUGAUUUUCUACAAACUCUUUUUUAUGUUUGUCCGAGUAUACACAAAAUGCAGAAUGUCUGGUUAGGUUUCAUCAUAUCUGUAUUGAUGUACAUAUUUUUCUUAUUUUUAAUUAAUAAACUUUUAAAAAAAAAAUACCAACCUAUCAACAUAAUCAUAAUCCGAACUCGAAUUCUAUAAAGCUGGGUCAAAACUUGAUCAAAUGAGAGAUUUACACGGAGACUCCUAAAAAUUACAAGGAGAAUAAGACCAGACGUUCCGUAAGAGUAAGGGUAUUCUGCUUCAUCGACGGCACCCGCCAUGUUAUGAAUACAGAAAACUUAACAAAUUCUGAAAAUCAAUUUGAUUUGUGAAAUACUAGCACUUCUUUAUUUAUUUUCUGAUAUUAUAUUCUAGUACACCGACAGCGUGAAAAUCAAAUGUCAAACACAGCAAUACUGUACUAUUAUUGUACUUUUGUUUGAUUUAUUAAAGUUGAUUAAGGCCAAUAAUUCUUUCCACCUUCAACUACAUCAUAUCUAUGUCUGUUUAUCUAGGUCUUGCAUGUAUUGUUGUUUUUUAUUUUUGUAUUUUUGUAUAGAUGAUUUUGUGAAUUAGCACACUUGCUUAAAGUGCCUCUGGAUCGCGAGUUCGAGACCUACAUGGGGCAGGUAUUGGCCGCAGGAUGGUGGAUUUUCUGUGGGAGCUCCGGCUUUCCUCCACCAACUUACCUGGCUCGUCUUUUAAUAACUCUGGCUAUUAAUAGGGCUUAAAGCAAGUGCUUAAAUAGAUACUCAGAGAAAAAGAUUACAGAAAAUGUGUUUAGUUGACUGUUCAAAGAAUGUUCACGGUCUUUGUCUGAUGAAUCAUAUAUACACUAAUAAGGAAAGCAUAUGA